GAUGCGUCGUACACCGACUUUGAAUUGAGCCAUCGCUUUGAUUUCCUCUCUCUUUGUGCUGUUGUUUUUCCUCUUCCAGUUUUGGUUUGUGUUGCUGCUGCUUGCUGUCGUCGGAAAUGGUGGAUCACCAGACGGUUUGCUGUAUGUGCGGCGACGUAGGCUUUCCGGAGAAGCUCUUCCGGUGCUCCAAGUGCCGCAGCCGCUUUCAGCACUCGUACUGCAGCAACUACUACAGCGAAAGCGCGGAGCCGAUCGAAGUCUGCGAGUGGUGCCAAUGCGAGGGAAGAAACUCGUCUUCUUCCAAGCAUACGAAUUCGAGUUCUUCUUCUAGGAAUAUCAGCAAAUCAGUCCAUGCAAAUGAAGUGAGAUCGGUCUACUCCGGCGACAAAAUCAAGCAGCUCCACCGCGAAGAAGGCGGUUCUUCCGCCGAGAAAGCCACAGCCAAAACUCCAUCGCCUCGCGCUACUCCUCGCAGGUACAAGCUUCUCAAGGAUGUCAUGUGCUGAUAAUCAUAUAAUUAAUCUACCUAUCUAUAUAAUAUGAGAGUACUUGUAUCUAUCAAUAAAAUUAGCAUCAAACAAAAACUCAUCAAGUAUGUCCAUGUCCAUAUAUAUAUAUAUACUAAUAAAAUCUGUGUUUCUCUA